UGCGUGAGUGUGUGGCGGGGCACAGUGUAGAAGGGAGGCUGAGAGACUGGGGCCAGAGUUUAAGGUGGCAGGGGAUUGGAAAGGUGGAGCAAAGGGAGGGUGGAGGAGAGUUAGUGGGAGGCUCAUUGUCCUGGUGGGGGGAAGUCUUUUGUUUCCUCUCUUCCCUUGGCAGCCUGUCAGGAUGUGAGGCCAAGCCCCCCUCCCAUGCCAAUAUCUCCGGCCCCAACCAUCAGACUGCUCUUUCCUUUACUAUUGUGUUCCUGAUGGGAAAGGGGGCGGGAGCAGGGGCCGGCUGAAGACUAACUCUGGUUGGGACUCUGAGAACUAUUAGUGGUUAGGGGCUAGGUUACCGGGGAGUUCUAAAAGGACCUAAAGAAUCAGAGUCGGCUAGGUCAGCUUGGCCGGCAUACAACCGCAGAAACCACGCCGGUAUGGACGCUCUGGCGCAUCAGCGUCCUCUCGUUGAUUGCCCUCUCUGAAGCCACCCCGGGCGCCGCCACAUUCCCUUCCUUGAGGGCGGGGCCUGUGCAGUCACGUGAAGAGUAAGACUGUCGGCUUACAGUGGAGUGGAAGAAUCAAGAGAAUUUCUACAACUGCAGUCUAAAGAUAUGUCUGUCUGUCUAUCUAUCUAUCUAUCUAUCUAUCUAUCUAUCUAUCUAUCUAUCUAUCUAUCUAUCUAUCUAUCUAUCUAUUUGAGACAGGUAUGGCUACGUAGUCCAGGCUGUCCUUGAACUUGGGGUCCACCCGCCUCUGUUUUGUCAGUGCUGAGAUGAGCCAGCUACCAUGCCCAGUUUGAGGCCGGUGGUUGUCCUAAUUCUGAAAGGGGAAACGAGAGACUAAAUAACUAAUUAAUUCUGUGUUGUGGCGCCUUGGACAAAGCGUUUCUCUUUUUAAAAUUCUUUACGCGUUUGAGCGUUUUGCCUGCAUGUAUGUGCCCCAUGUGCACGCACCCCAAAGAGUUCAGGAGAAGGCAUCAGGUUCCCUAGACUGGAAUCACGGAUGCUUGUGAGCCACCAUGUGGGUCCUGGGAACGCACCGUAAAAGCAAGGAGUGCUCUUAACUGCUGAGCUAUCUCUCCAGCCCCUGGCAAAAUAGUUCUCAACUGACCUAAGUCUGUAUACAAAGUGGAACAGAAUUUGACCCAAAGGUUAAGGCAGCAAAGGGUACAAAUGCAAGGACAGGGACAGCUGCUCUGACAGCUAAUCUUCAUUGUCAGUUCGACAGGAUCUAGUGUCACCAACGAAGCAAACCUCUGGGUAGGUUUGUGAGGGAUUUUCUAGAUAGCUCAGUUGAGGUGGGGAGGCAACCCCUCACUGUCGCCUGGCGUCUUACUGUAGGAUGGGGACUGAAUGAAAAGAACUGAACUGAGGGCCAGCGUUCCUCUCUCUCUGCUUCCUGACUGGAUCCAGUGUGAGCCAGCUGCCUCUUGCUCCAGCCGGGAGCCAGGAUAAUCGCUUCCUUGCGUGGCUGGUGGCUGUCGUUACAUUAAAGUGAAAAGAAAUGAAUACAGAGAUCAAGACUCCUCAUCCAGUCCCAGCCACCCUGAGGACACCUGCUAGCUCAAGAGAAUCAGAGUCUUCUUCGUGGGUAACAAAAGCAGUCACUGAACAGCCAGCCACCCCCCUGGCUGUUAUCAUAACCUGUUGAGGUGUUAUCUUUAAAGCUACUGGGAGACUAAUCAGACCUUGACCCAAAGGUUAAGGCAGCAAAGCAUACAGAUGCAGCACACGGGACUUUGGUUCCCAGGACCCACAGGGUGGCUCACAAACAUCUGUGACUCCAGUGCUAGGGAACCUGAUACCUUCUCCUGAACUCACGGGGCACAUACAUGUAGUUGUGUGGCUUCCGGAGGAGGCUCUGAUGGUUAAUGAAAGUGAAGCUAAUUGGGACAGAAAUAGUCUGGCAUGCUUUUAAGCCCAGCACUCAGGAGGCAGAGACAUGUAGGAUUCAAGGAAAGCCUGGCCUACAGAGUGAGUUCCAAGCCAGCAGAGGCUACACUAGUGGGACCCUGUCUUAAAGGAAGGAAGGAAGGAAGGAAGGAAGGAAGGAAGGAAGGAAGGAAGGAAGGGAGGAAGGAGAAAAAAAAGAAAAGAAAAAAAGCCAGAGGGUGGCAGCUCCUUCCCCUCCUUUCUCCUCUUCCUCAGUGCUGAGAUAGGUUCUAAUGUAGACUCCACUGGCCUCAAAGUGUCUAUGUAGACAAGGAUAACCUUGAACCCUCACUCCCCUUGUCCCAGCCUUGUGAGUGAAUGGUGGGGUUACAAGCAUGAACUACCAUGAUCAGUAUAUAGUUUAUUUGAUUUUUCCUCUCUUCCAGGGAGAGAGGCUCAUUAUGAAAGGAUUGUGAGCCUACCCUGAUAGGCUGUCUGACGCUGGAGUUGAUUCUGGGCUGCUUCCUGAAGACAUUUCACUGGAUGGAAGGUUUCUGUGGUAACAGUCAGAGGAUAUACCCGAGUGCUAUUACAUAGGUAUACCUCUGAGAUUCAGUUGAGUGCCAGCUACCUGGGCUACAUGAAACCCAGCCUCAAAACCAACAGACAAAACCACACUUAAUGCAUAAACAACAGCCGGGCAGUGGGGGCGCACACCUUUGAUCCUAGCACUUGGGAGGCAGAGUCAGGUGAAUUUCUGAGUUUGAGGCCAGCCUGGUCUACAGAGUGAGUUCCAGGACAUCCAGGGCUACAGAGAAACCCUGUCUCAAAAACAAACAAACAAAAAGACAUAAACAAGACUAGCCAGAUGUGGUAGUUCAUACCUUUCAUCUCAGCCCUUGGCAGAGGCAGAGAGGCAGAGAGGCAGAGAGGCAGAGAGGCAGAGGCAGAGAGGCAGAGAGGCAGAGGCAGAGGCAGAGAGGCAGAGGCAGAGAGGCAGAGAGGCAGAGAGGCAGAGAGGCAGAGAGGCAGAGGCAGAGAGGCAGAGGCAGAGAGGCAGAGAGGCAGAGGCAGAGAGGCAGAGGCAGAGGCAGAGGCAGAGAGGCAGAGAGGCAGAGGCAGAGAGGCAGAGAGGCAGAGGCAGAGAGGCAGAGGCAGAGGCAGAGAGGCAGAGGCAGAGGCAGAGGCAGAGGCAGAGGCAGAGGCAGAGGCAGAGGCAGAGGCAGAGAGGCAGAGGCAGAGGCUCUGAGUUUUAAGCCAGCCAAUCUACAAAACAAGUUCCAAGUUCCAGAAUAGGCAGGGCUACACAGAGGAACCUUGUCUUGAAAAAUUGAGGGGGUGGGGGAGACACAACCAAGAAAGAAGAAGGCAGGCAUGGUGGCAAGAUAGCUAUAAUUCCAGCACUUGGGACGAGGAGGCAGGAAGCUUAGGAAUUCAUGGUUAUCCACAGCUGUGCAGCCUGGGUUACUUAAGAGCCAGGCUCAAACAAUCACACAAACUGCAUAGUCAGAGUGGAGGGAGCUUUUAGAAAUUAAAAAAAAAAAAAAUCGCCAAAUAUUGUCUGAAACAUGGGUAGCAGGGAUGCCUGAUUUAUCCUUGGUAGAGCCACAGCAGGUGUGCCCAUCUGUGUCCACAUAAAUUCAUACGCACGAGGAAGCCUAGGUCACGUGUCUUUCUCAGUAACUUUCUACUUUAUUUCUCUCACUGAACCUGGAGGUCACCAGUGCAGCUAUGCUGAGCCCCAGGGAUCCUCUUGUCUGCCUCCCCAGCAUCCGGCUUAUUCAGAUUCCUUUACUUGAGCUCUGGGGAUCAGAACUCGGGUCUUUGUGCUUCUAGGACAAGUGCUUUUGGUAACUUGGAGCCCCAGCCUCUUCUAUGGGAAUGUGAGACUCUAUAACUGUGCUCAUUCUGGAGGUCCAAAUAACAGGGUGACCAUGAAUUGCUACGCUACAUAAAAAUUCAGAACAUGUGGCUAAAGGUCUCCAAGGGGGACCAGUGAGAUGGCUCAGUGGGGCACUUGCUGCUCUUGCAGAGUACCCAGAUUCCGUUCCCAUCACCUACAUGGUGGUUGACAAUCAUCCGUACCUAUACUCCCAUGGGAUCCAGCACCCCUUCUAACCUUUAUGGCCACUAGGCACGCACGUGGUACACAUACAUACAUGAGACAAAAUACUCACAUUUAAAAAAAAAAUCUAAAGAAAAAAAGCUUCCCAUCUUCAGUUCCCUAAUCUAAUACAACCACAGUAGUAGAACGUGCACUCACAGAAUGGUUAUGCAUAUUUAAUACAAUACCGUGUGAGGGGAAAAAUGAAUAUGUAUGUAUUGGACUAAAGAGUCAAUAUGUUAAGGCUUCGUAUGUACUAUAGCAUCACUUAGUGUGCUUGAGGCUCUGUGUUUAAUCUCGGGGUGGGUGGGGGCAGUGCUCUUUUAGGAAAAUAAAUAUUUGCAUCAGGCUGUGCUGUUACUUAUCUGUAAUCCCAACACAUGGGAGGUAUAGGCAGGAGGAUCAGAAACACGAAGUCUUCUUCAGCUAUGUAUUGAAAUGGGGCUAGCCCGGUCUACAUAAAGAGCGCCCCCACCCAUGCCCCCUGCGAGUAUACACGGUUAGUUCAUCUCUCAACUGCUCUCCUUGAAGGGAUGUCUUUUUUAAGUCCCGUUUUAUAGAUGAGGAAGCGUCGUUGGUAAGACCUGUAAGGGUUGAAGUUGGAGUUUUGGGGUCACAGAUAAAGGAUUUUUUUUUUCUUUUUUCGAGACAGGGUUUCUCUGUAGCCCUGGCUGUCCUGGAACGCACUCUGUAGACCAGGCUGGCCUUGAACUCAGAAAUCCGCCUGCUUCUGCCUCCCAAGUGCUGGGAUUAAAGGCAUGCGCCACCACUGCCCAGCUCACAGUUACAGGAUCUUAGGCACAAAAGCAAGCAGGGUUACCUGCUUAUUUACCCGGACCUGAGUCGGGAUGGAGGAUCACGGCUCCCUCCCGUGGCCGAAGAGAAGAGCGCAGCCUGCGAGCUGAAACUGGACGAGGAGGGGGUCUCCUCUGAAUGUGAAAGGGACCAGGCUGGAAGCCCGAGGCACUCUGGGUCUCCCGAGAAGCUGAAAUAGUACGACUCCGGCAGGCGCCGACCGACGUCGCUCUCAGUUCCCAGGUGUGUACCUGAGUCAGGUGCCGCGGUUCCGCCCACUCCACUUUUCCGCAGUCGCCACGCGCCCCUUUCAGAUAUUCCUGGGGGCGUCCUGGAGCUCGGAGUGCAGUCAGACCCUCACCAUGGGCAUCUGCUAGCAUCCUGGCAACGGGGGGCUCUGAGGAUCGUGACCCACUACCUUGCAAAAGACACCCGAGACGCACGUGGAACGGUUUGGCUUGCAAGGCAGCGUACGAGAGUGUGGGCGGGGCUUGAGUGUAGACCACACCUUUGAGGCGGGGCUUGAAUCGGGACCAAUGGGACGCCUUGCUGGGGAGGGCAGGCUCCGGGCCUGACAUCCCGGUAGCCCGCUUGCUUUUUCCGGCUCCCUCGCCCCCUCGGUUUAUAGCGGAGCCCCACAGGCGCGCUGGGAUCACACCGGAGCAGCUUCAUUCCUAGGUGGUCUCCUAGCCCUUUUGUGGCUUCCUCUGCUGGCGUUCAGCAAUGGCCAGCGAGAGCUCCCCUCUUUUGGCCUACCGGCUUCUGGGGGAAGAGGGGGCUGCCUUCCCUCCCAAUGGAGCUGGAGUAUCUGGAGUGCCAUCAUCCCGCAAGCUCUCCACCUUCCUGGGUGUGGUGGUGCCCACGGUUCUGUCCAUGUUUAGCAUAGUCGUGUUUCUGAGGAUUGGGUUCGUGGUGGGCCACGCUGGGCUGUUGCAGGCCUUGGCGAUGCUACUGGUUGCCUACAUCAUUCUGGCACUAACAGUCCUCUCAGUGUGUGCCAUUGCCACCAAUGGAGCUGUGAGAGGGGGCGGAGCCUACUUCAUGAUCAGCAGGACUCUGGGGCCGGAGGUUGGUGGCAGCAUUGGCCUCAUGUUCUACCUGGCUAACGUCUGUGGCUGUGCCGUAUCCCUGCUGGGACUGGUGGAGUCUAUACUGGACGUCUUCGGGGCUGAUGCCACAGGCUCCAGUGGGAUCCAGGUUCUACCCCAGGGUUAUGGCUGGAAUCUGCUCUAUGGCUCCCUUCUGCUGGGCCUCGUGGGUGGUGUGUGCACUUUGGGAGCUGGGCUCUAUGCCCGAGCCUCCUUUCUUACAUUCCUGCUGGUUUCUGGCUCCCUGGCCUCCGUGCUGGUCAGUUUUGUGGCAGUGGGACCCAGGAACAUCCCGUUAGCUCCUCGACCGGGCACCAAUGCUUCCUCCGUGCCACACCGGCAUGGCCACUUCACUGGGUUCAACGGAAGCACCCUAAGGGACAACUUAGGUGCUGGCUACGCCGAGGACUACACCACAGGGGCCAUGAUGACUUUCGCCAGUGUUUUUGCUGUCCUCUUCAACGGCUGCACGGGCAUCAUGGCUGGGGCCAACAUGUCAGGGGAGCUGAAGGACCCCAGCCGGGCAAUUCCUCUGGGCACCAUCAUUGCAGUCGCCUAUACCUUCUUCAUCUACAUCCUGCUGUUCUUCCUCUCCAGCUUCACUUGUGACAGAGCCCUGCUUCAAGAAGACUAUGGCUUCUUCCGUGACAUCAGCUUGUGGCCCCCGCUCGUGUUGAUCGGCAUCUAUGCCACGGCCCUCUCAGCCUCCAUGAGCUCUCUCAUCGGUGCCUCCCGGAUCCUGCAUGCGCUGGCCCAAGAUGACCUUUUCGGGGUCAUCUUGGCACCAGCCAAGGUGGUAUCUGGAGGGGGCAACCCCUGGGGUGCUGUCCUGUAUUCCUGGGGCCUGGUGCAGCUGGUGCUGCUGGCUGGGAAGCUCAACACAUUGGCUGCUGUGGUCACCGUCUUCUACUUGGUGGCUUAUGCUGCGGUGGACCUGUCUUGCCUGAGUCUGGAGUGGGCUUCGGCCCCUAACUUCCGCCCCACCUUCAGCCUGUUCUCCUGGCACACCUGCCUGCUUGGGGUGGCCUCCUGCCUGCUGAUGAUGUUUCUCAUUAGUCCUGGGGCCGCCGGCGGGUCCCUUCUUCUCAUGGGCCUGCUUUCCGCUCUUCUCACCGCACGAGGAGGACCCAGCAGUUGGGGUUAUGUCAGCCAAGCCUUGCUUUUCCACCAGGUUCGGAAGUACUUGCUCCGCCUGGAUGUCCGCAAGGAGCACGUAAAGUUCUGGCGGCCCCAGCUGCUGCUCCUGGUGGGAAACCCACGGGGUGCCCUGCCUCUGCUUCGCCUGGCCAACCAGCUAAAGAAGGGGGGACUCUAUGUGCUGGGCCAUGUCACUCUGGGAGACCUUGACUCCUUACCAUCAGAUCCUGUGCAGCCGCAGUAUGGUGCAUGGCUGAGCCUGGUGGACCUUGCCCAAGUGAAGGCCUUUGUGGAUCUCACCCUAUCACCCUCCGUGCGUCAGGGGGCUCAGCAUCUGCUCCGGAUCUCUGGUCUUGGCGGCAUGAAGCCCAACACAUUGGUGCUGGGUUUUUACGACGAUGCCCCACCCCAGGACCAUUUUCUAACAGACCCAGCCUUCUCUGAACCUGCAGAGGGCACCAGAGAGGGCGGGUCGCCAGCCCUGAGCACGCUGUUCCCUCCACCUCGGGCUCCUGGGAGCCCCAGGGCUCUCAGUCCCCAAGACUACGUGGCCACGGUGGCAGAUGCUCUCAAGAUGAACAAGAAUGUGGUUCUCGCACGAGCAUGUGGGGCUUUGCCCCCGGAGCGGCUAAGCCGGGGGUCCAGUAGCAGCGCUCAGCUACAUCAUGUGGACGUGUGGCCCUUAAACCUGCUGAGGCCCCGGGGUGGACCUGGCUACGUGGACGUCUGUGGCCUUUUUCUGUUGCAGAUGGCUACCAUCUUAAGCAUGGUGCCUGCCUGGCACAGUGCCCGGCUCCGGAUCUUCCUGUGCUUGGGGCCCAGGGAGGCUCCUGGGGCAGCAGAGGGAAGGCUUCGGGCCCUGUUGAGUCAACUCAGGAUCCGGGCAGAGGUGCAAGAGGUGGUGUGGGGUGAAGGGGCAGAGACUGGCGAGCCUGAGGAGGAGGAAGGGGACUUUGUGAAUGGUGGUCGAGGAGACGAAGAGGCUGAGGCUCUAGCUUGCAGUGCCAAUGCCCUGGUGCGAGCACAGCAGGGGCGAGGCACCGUAGGAGGCCCUGGGGGACCCGAAGGAAGGGAUGGGGAGGAGGGACCCACCACAGCCCUUACCUUCCUGUACCUGCCUCGACCGCCUGCUGAUCCUGCUCGCUACCCCAGAUACCUGGCACUGCUGGAGACCCUGAGCCGUGAUCUGGGUCCCACCCUUCUUAUUCACGGGGUCACUCCGGUAACCUGCACUGAUCUCUGAUGCCUGUUCAUACAGGGUUGGAUAGAGCGGGCCCAGGCUCAUUCUGAGCAAUGGACGCCCCUCCCCCCGCCCCAAGUGGGCCCUGCCCUUUGGAUGAUGUGUUAAGGGGACCAUGGUCUCCUUUGGGCGGGGGAACGGACAUAGUACACUAAUUCUAGGUGGCUGCCCCAUUGUAGGGGAGGACAUUGCGGCCCUGUCCCUGGUCUUCCUCCGCUUCCUUCACUGGUGCCUUGACCAGAGGGGCUGGCCUCUUCUGUGACUCUAGGCUACCUCAGUGUCCCCAUCCUGGCCACAGACGCACCGCCUCCCUCUCCCCGACUUCCUUGGGUGGUGAUGUUUGUGUUUUGUUUUAUUUUUCUAACUACUGACCAUAAAUAAAAGACCGAAACACUA